UCAUAAGGCCAGAGAGCCAGCUAAGACUUCAACUGAAUGCGCUGCUCUCCUUUACAUCCUUUUGUAACAAUGCAUCGCUCGGGACAGUGACAUCCACGGCGUCUCGUUCUAGAAUUGUCAAAGGAAUUGGUUUGGAAUUGGCGCGAUGUUUUUCUCGUUGGGAUGGGUGACAGCUCUAGUGGCGGGUAUUUUCGCCCUACACGUUGCACAGAAACUGUGUUUCCCUUACCUUUGGAAGGAUGUUUUUUAUUUACUGAAAGUCAUCCGAUACGGCGCACGACUGGAGAUAUUCAAAAUUACUUCAAAAGUUGUCACUAUCAUUGACAGAUUCGUCCAACAGGCAGAGCGAAUUCCCACAAAACCUUUCCUUAUAUAUGAGGGAAUAACGUACACCUAUCAAGACAUUAACGAGCGGAGCAACAAAUUGGCGAAUGUCUUCCUCGAGCAGGGCAUGUUGAAGAAAGGGGACUCCGUUGCGCUUCUGAUGAACAAUGAGCCCGACUUCAUCUGUGUUUGGUUCGGAUUGAUCAAACUCGGAUGUGCAGUGGCCUUUCUAAACACAAACAUUAAGUCCAGAUCGUUGCUACAUUGUUUCAACUGCUGUGGGGCCAAGACUCUUGUUGUUGGUGCAGACCUGUUGGACUCCUUGGAGGACAUCUUGCCCAGCUUCCUGGAGGACAGCAUCUCGGUGUGGGCCAUGAAGAACGAGAGCAGCCACACGGAGGUCCAGACACUGCUCGAUAAGAUGGACAAGGCGUCGGACAAGCCCACCCCGCCUGCUCUGAGGGCUGCCACCUCCCUCAAGGCCACCACCCUCUACAUCUUCACCUCAGGAACCACUGGUCUGCCUAAGGCUGCGGUCAUCACACACCUCCAGUCCCUGAAGGCUGCAGGAGGGUUCUGGGCCUACGGUGGGUCAGAAGAGGACGUGGUCUACAUCCCCCUGCCUCUCUACCAUAGUGCAGCCUCUCUCAUCGGCGUCGGGGGAACCAUCGAGAUGGGCGCUACCUGUGUCUUGAAGAAGAAGUUCUCAGCCUCACAGUUCUGGAAUGACUGUAGAAAAUACGACGUGACCAUCUUCCAGUAUAUCGGCGAGCUCUGUCGAUAUCUGUGCAAUCAGCCUAAGGCCGAGGGGGAGAAGAAGCACAAGGUGCACAUGGGUGUGGGAAACGGGCUCCGGCAGGACGUGUGGCGGGAGUUCCACCGACGUUUCGGCGAGAUCCGCAUGUGCGAGCUCUACGGCUCCACAGAGGGCAACCUGUGUUUCAUGAACCACAUCGGCAAGAUCGGAGCUGUGGGCCGCUCCAACUUUUUCUACAAGCUCCUCUUCAAGUAUGACCUGGUAAGGUAUGACAUGGUCCGAGAUGAGCCGGUCAGGAACAGCCAGGGCUUCUGUCAACACGUUAACAAGGGUGAGACGGGUCUUCUCUUGUCCAAGAUUAGCGCCUCCAGUCCCUUCUUUGGCUACGCGGGGAGCAAACAACUGACGGAGAAGAAGUUGAUAAGGAACGUGUUCGUGAAGGGAGACGUGUACUUCAACACUGGAGACCUCAUGGCUGAAGAUGCUGAGGACUUUAUCUGUUUCAAGGACAGAGUGGGGGACACUUUCAGAUGGAAGGGUGAAAAUGUGGCAACAACAGAAGUGACAGAGGUGCUCGGACUGGUAGACUUUAUCCAAGAGGCCAAUGUCUAUGGGGUGGAAAUUCCAGGAAAUGAGGGAAGAGCCGGAAUGGCCGCCAUCAUCGUGAGGCCUGAAUGUGAGUUUAGCGGGAAGAAGCUAUUUGACCACGUCCUCAAUGAUCUACCAGGCUAUGCUCGUCCUCUCUUCAUAAGGCUUCAGGAAUCAAUGGAGAUGACGGGAACCUUCAAGCAGCAGAAAUUCAAUCUAGUGGAGAGCGGAUUCAACCCUUCAACAAUCUGUGAACCUCUCUAUUUCCUGGAUUUCUCUGAGAAAAGCUACGUUCCCCUCACGAACAUGCUGUACGGCAGCAUUUUGGCUGGCGAGCGGAAGCUAUAGUGGUUAAGCGUAGCUAAAACCACCAACCGAUUUGGUUCACUGAUACGGUGGCAGCAUAGUUGUGCCUGUUUCGAAGAGGGACCGAGAGUCCGUCAAUUGGGUCUAUUCCUAAUUGUGUAUAAUGUAUGAAAUUGUCUCAUAUGAGGGGUCAGGAUCAACAGAGUGGGUUAAUGAUGAACAGGAGGGGGGGUCUGUCUUAUAUUCAUGGAACAUCAAAUACCCUCGGGUGGGGGGGGGGGGUUAAAUUGUGCCUCAUCUGAUUUUCUUUCUUUUUUUUACUAAAUUAAACUGUUUUCCUCUGGUUUCCAGAUCUAUUGUCAAGACAUUUCAGCUGAGAAGGCUAAAUUGACUUGAGACCAGUGAACCUCGGCAAUCAGCACUUCCACUGUCCGUCUGUGCCAUUUUAAUUUGCGGAUGGGGUGUCAUAAAAGUGUCACUAGUUCCUCCUCGAAAUAAAGACGAAUGGCAGACUAAAUAGAGGCGUCGUGUUUUGAGGCACCAAUGACCACAUUCUGGCCACCCAAAAUUCUUCGUUCUGACCUACUACACUAACCAACGUAGAUAUGAACUUUAAUAUCAGAAACGGUCCAUACGCUUUGCUACAAAUAGUAGUAAUUUAAAAAAAAAAAUGUUUUAUUGUAUUUAUUUUAUACAUAUAGUUAAGGCUCAUAAUUUAAACCAAAGUAGGUGUGCUUCGCAGAAGAACAUUUGUUAGGUGUCGACCAGUAACUGUGUUGAGAUGGUACAGUCCACUGGCACAGCACUAGUUCAUUAAGGGCAUCAUGCACUAUGUCCUUGUUUUCAACAGUUUGCCAGUUAGUCAUUACCAUCUUGUGUUACUCUGAGAUGUAACCAGACCCAGGUCCAAGUAGUCUUUAUUUCCUUACUUGUACUUUUCAAUCUGUUCCAGUGGUUCCAUUGUACGACCACCUCAAUAAAACAAGUACUAUUUGAACCCGGGGGUCUGAAUGUGAUGGAAAGUGAUUAUAUUUACUGUCAAAUGACAGCUGAGAAGUUUGUCAGGGAUUCUUUUAAGGGUCCAAUUCAGUCAAACCAGUGUGAAUGCCUUAUCCCCUCAAUAAAAUAACAAUGUGGUUCUGGUACUGUAAAAUACUAGCCUGAGGGCCAUUCUGUUGGUGCUAUCAUGCCAACUCCUUGUCAGCCAUUGUCAUGCCAAUACUUGUCAUAUUUGACUUGCAAUGGAGUUGGCAAGAGCACAAACAGGUCUGGGACCAGGCUAUAGAAGGAAACAACAGAUCUGGGACCAGGCUAUAGAAGUAGACAACAGGUCUGAGACCAGGCUAGUAAAAGAACAAGCAAGCCACCUCUUAUAAGUAGAUGCUCCUAGCUUUGUAAUUAGGCAUCUGGGUAGUUAGCCUAAUUUAUGCAGUAUCUCUAUUUACUAAGGCAUGUUUGAGACUAAGACAUGUUUGACUGAAUUCAGCCCUUUGUUUAAGAGUUUUCUAUGUAUAGGAAUUGUUAAUUUGUACAGCUAUUUGAACUAUGGUUUGGUGAAGAAGACUAUAGUUUACAAUGUCAAAUGUUGAAUUCAUUGAGAUGAUCAAGUCCUUAUGAUUAAUCUAGCUCGGACUACAAUAUGAUGUUCAUAUAAUUUAAGCACAAUGAAUGAUUGCAAUGAAGUUAAUUUGCGCAGUGUGAAAAUCAGCGAUUUUUAGGUUGACUGAUACCUCUUGUUUUUACUUUCCUGUUUGGACAGCCAAACACAUUUUAUUUCACUUUGAUUAUUUAAAAUGUUGAAUAUUUGGUCAAAUGGUGUUUAACAGCAUUUGUUGUUUAUCAUUUUAAUUUGAUAGUAUUUAAUUUGGGUGAAUGUGUGUCCAGUUCUUGUGUGCCAGAUAUAUCAACACUUUUAAAUUUCAGAGUUAUAUGGACCACCAUUUUCAACUUUUCCUUCAGACACUUAGUGAUACUAGUGCCACCAGAUUCAAUUUCCUACUAGUGCCACAAAUUCAAUAGCAUUACAUUUCAUUUUUAUACAAAUUCAAUGGGAUUCAAUUUCCUUAUACGAAUUCAAAAUGAUUAAAUUCAGAUUCAA